AUGGCUGUUACGAUUGUCGGUGGUGGUAUUGUCGGCUUGUAUACUGCUUAUUGUCUAACGGAAUUUAGUCAAUUGCCUGGAUCACAGAUAUGUGUCGUUGGUAAGUAUUUGCCCGGUGAUCAAUCUGCUAAUGGGUAUACAUCACCAUGGGCAGGUGGUAAUUGGUCUUGUAUUUCACCCAAUGAUGAAAAUACGUUGUUUCAUGAUAGAUUUACCUAUGAGAAUUUAAGUCAAUUGCAGAGGAAGCUUUUAUCACAUUUCAAAGGUCGCGAUGAUGAAUGGCUAGGUCUUGCAAGAAGACCUACACGAGAAUUUUGGGAUUACACUCCCAACGAACUCAAGAUAGGGUCCCUUUCGAGCUAUUUAGAAGAUUAUCAGGAGCUUAAAUCCCAGGAGCUGCCCGACGGCGCUUCUUUCGGAAUUUCAUUCAAAACGUGGAAUUUUAACUGUCCAGUAUUCUUAUACAAUUUUGCACAGUUCCUGAAGAGCAAGGGAAUUAAAUUCGUUAAGGCUGAACUGACUCAUUUGGCCCAAGCCACUUCAUUUGUCAAUGAAGAUUCCACUGGCGAUAAAGUCGUUUUCAAUUGUACAGGACUUGGUGCUCAUGAUUUAGGUGGUGUUAAAGACCACAGAGUCUAUCCUGCAAGAGGACAGGUUGUCGUUGUGAGAGCUCCCGACAUUAACGAGAAUUGUUUAAGGUGGGGUAAAAAUUAUGCUACUUAUAUCAUCCCCAGACCAGGUCCCCUCAAGGAAUUGGUUCUUGGUGGAUUUCUACAGGUGGACAAUUGGAAUGCUCAAGACACUUCGCUAGAAGAAUCUGAAGAUAUCUUGACGAGAACUACUCAAUUGCUACCUAAACUAGGUGAUAAGGAUAAAUUGCAGAUUCUAAGAGUUGCUGCAGGAUUACGUCCUUCUAGAUAUGGUGGCGCUCGUAUUGAGGAAGAAGCUCAAGAUGGUGUUCUUAUAGUGCACAAUUAUGGUGCUUCUGGCUACGGCUACCAAGCUGGUCUUGGAAUGGGCUAUAGAGCAGUUAAAUUAGCCUUCUCAGGAUCCAAAUUAUAA